AUGAAGUUCACUUUUGUGUCAUCUGCGCUUCUCGCGCUCGUGUCGUCUGCCACCGCUCAAGCUCCUCCGGUCCCCGAACCAUUGACUGCCGACUGGGUGCUGAACAAGGCGGGCAACAACAGCUUGUUUUCGCGGUGGAGGCCUCGUUCGCAUUUCAUCUCGCCCGCAGGCUGGAUGAAUGACCCGUGUGGUGCCGUUCACGACCCGAUCACCGAUACGUACCACCUUCACUACCAGUUCCACCCAAACCACGCCAACUGGGGUAACAUCUCGUGGGGCCACGCCGUUUCCAAGGACCUUUUCCACUGGACUGACGUCGGGGGGUGGGAAAACGACUCUGCCGUCUCCUUCCCUUCUUCCCACUACAAGACCUCCCCCUUGUCCGUCUUUACCGGAACCACCCAGUCGGUAAACCUUCGAGGCGAGGAAGACGGGACCCUUUUAACCUUUCUCACUGGUAUUCACCGCCUACCCACCAACUGGAAACUAAAAUACCAGCCGGGCACCGAGGUUCAGGCCCUGUUCACCAGCAAGAACGCCGGCCUGACCUGGCAGGAGGAAGGCAUCGUGAUUCCCGGCCCUCCCGAAGGCUGGAACGUCACCGGCUUCCGCGACCCUUCCUUUUUCCCCAACCCCGAUCUGGACGCCAUUCGCAACGUCUCGGAGCCGCACUACUACGCCGUCCUGGGCUCAGGUCUCAAGGGCCCCGACGUCCCGGUCCAGCUGCCCGGUGCCGCCCGCCCGGGAUUCCUCGGCCCGCGCAUGCCGCUCUACGCAGCUCCGGCCUCGAACCUCACCAACUGGACCUUCCUUGGCGCCCUGUGGGAGCCCGCCGUCAACGCCAGCCUGGGCGACCCAGACGUUACGGGCUCCUUCGGCUACAACUUUGAGGUCAGCGGUCUGUUCGAACUCAAGGCGAACGGCAGCGACAACGGCGCCUUUUUUAUAACCACGGGCGCCGAGGGCGGCAACACGACGCGCCACUUGCGCGAGCGGUGGGCCAUCUGGGCGCGCGGUGGCCUCUCCGCCCGCGCCAACGGCAGCGUCGAGCUGAAGCCUUCGUCCGGCGGCGCCGUGGAUUGGGGUUUGUCCUACGCUCAGGCCUCGUUCGUCGAUUCGCGCAAGGGCAACCAGGGCAGGCGCGUCAUGUGGGGCUGGGCAGACGAGGACAUCCAGGAACCCAGCAUGCUUCCCCUCGGCAGGGCCAUGGGCUACGCGGGGGCCAUCACCCUGCCCUUGGAGCUCUUCCUCCUCGAGAAGCCGGGCGUGCAGAAGCACGACUACGUCGACGGGAACGAGUGGAUCCCCGAGGACGGCGGCGCCUUCACCGCCCAAACCCUGGGCAUCAGGCCGCUGCCCGACGUUUUCGAGCAGCUCAAGGCGGGCGCGGCCUUGAACACGUUUGACGUCGCCACCGUGACGGCCGGCACGCCCAAGAAGGUCUCGGAGAACGUGGGCGACUCUUACGUCUUGUCGGCGACGUUGACUGCCUCCAACGGCACCGCGGGCAUCGUGAUCGCGCAGAGUCCCGACAACUCCGAGUACACCAGCAUCGUCUACGACGCGGCGGCCAAGACCAUCAGCGUGCACCGCGACCACAGCAGCUCGCUCACCGGCUUAUUCACCAACCACACGCACGAGGGACACUUUGUGCCCUACAAGAGCGUCGACGGCACGGUAGAGGACAUCAACUUCACCGUCGUCUUGGACAAGUCGCUGCUCGAGGUCUUUGUCAACGACCGCUUCGCCCUCACCAGCCGCAUCUACCCCGUGCGCACCGACAGCACCGCCCUGAGCUUCUUUGCCGGCGAGCUCGGGCUGGGCAAGUGCGGGAGCAAGAAGACCAAGCGCGCAGAUGGAGCAGCAGAGACUGCCCAGUGGAAGGAUGUCAAGCUCUGGAAGGGGCUGGCCAAGGCUUGGACCCAGCGCCCCGAAAACUCGAGCUCGCCGUUGGUUUGGGACAGUCCCGAGCAGACCAACAACUACACCUGGUGGGUCGGAUGGUAG